AUGACUGAAGUAACUUUCGAAAGACCUGAUAGUGAGGAUUCUAUGCAGAUGAUUCCUCCUCUGGAAACUUUACUUGAAUUACCUCAUAAGUUGUUAUCUCCUGAGAGGAUUGUUCCUCCUAUUCAAUUUUAUGAAAGUGAAGAAACUGAAAGUGAUUAUUCUGAUGAAAAAGUUAUUUCUGUUCAUGAACUGAAUAACAAUAAAAAAGUCGGAUUAUGUUUAUUACCAGAUCAAAGACAAAAAUUCUCUUAUAGAAAAGGAGGUCAAUUCAAUUUAUUAAUUGCUGGUCAAGUAGGUGUUGGUAAAUCAACAUUCAUCAAUACUUUAUUCGAUUAUGAAUUAUUGAAAAAAGACCCCAAUUAUUGUCAAGAUUUCCUUUCAUAUGAUAAGUUCCAAUUGAUUGAAAAUAAUUUUAAGUUUAAUUUGAAUGUUACUGAAACUUCAGGAUUUGGUCAAUAUAUCGAUAAUGAUGGUACUUGGAUUCCAAUCAAAAAUUUCAUUCAACAACAAUUCAGAUUAUACUUAUUUCAGGACCAACAGCCUCUAAGAGUCAGAAAGUGGGAUAAUAGAAUUCAUUGUUGUAUUUACGUUUUACCUAAUAAUAUCAAACAAUUAAAUUUCUUGGAUAUUGAAACCAUUAAAUCUUUGAGUUCAAUUAUCAAUUUGAUUCCAAUAAUUGGUAAAUGUGAUGUGUUGAAUAGUGAAGAAAUCAGAGAUUAUAAAAUGAAAUUCAAACAUAUUCUUCGUGAGAAUAAUAUCAAGAUUUGUGAUUUCUUGAAUGACGAAGACUUAUGUGAGAGAAUCAAUGACCAAUCACCUUUUUCAUUCAUUGGUUCUAAUGAUUUGAUUGAAAAUUCUAAUGGUCAAAUGGUCAGAGGUAGAAAAUACCCUUGGGGAUCUGUUGAAAUCGAAAAUGAAUCAUUUUGUGAUUUCAAUAUCAUAAAGCAAAUUCUUAUAAGUGAGAAUAUGCUUGAUUUCAUCUUAUCAACAGAAACUUCUUACGAACACUUCCGUACCAACUUCUUAAGCGAUAUUUGUUUGAAGAAUUUUACCCAAUUGUCUAUUUCUGCCGAUAGUGAAACUGAGGGAAAUGAAAUGAAAGUUUAUUAUAAUUAUAAGUCAUCUGAUUACGUCAAAGAUACUAAAGAUGAGGACGAAGUGUUACAAUACAAAGAAUCCAAAUUGAAGGAAAUGUUUAAUGUUAUUAUUGGAAGUCAAGAAAAACGUUUCAAGGAUUGGAAGAAAGCAUUGGUUGCAAAACAAGAGGUUUUCAAUAAAGACCUUGAAGAUACUCAUGCUAAAAUGAUUCAAUUAUAUGAAGAAGUAUCUCAGUUGGAAGAUGAUUUUGUUUCAAACAAUCCAACCUUGAAAAGACUCGAUUUGAAUGAUACUUACAAAAAUUUCGAUAAAGAUUUUGGUUUAAAUUGGUGA